ACAGCCCCACAUCCAUACAGAUCGACUAUGGGGCCCUCUUUGCGCUUUGAAUUUGGACUGAUCGCUUGUGGUGUUAUUGCCGUGGUCUGUGGCAUCCAUGGCCUAAGCAUUACAGAAUGUAAUAACCAAUUUGGAUUCAUAAACAACACUCGGCCCAACUGCAGCUACCCUUACAUCAACUGCUCGGGCCAGGAUUCGAUGUUUUGUGUGGACAACAGCACCUGCAAUGCUGCCUUUAAUUGCAACGAGACAAUCGUUUCGGGUAUUCCAACGGUUUCACCUAAUAAUUCAUCAACGUCAACGUCAGAGUCGCCGAAUACGGGUCUCUCCACAGCCUCGCCGUUGAAUGUACGAGAGCAGUGUCGUCAGGGUGUAACCAAAAGGUUCAGCUAUCCCCAAAACUGUAACUACUUUUACUACUGUGUGGAUGGCUUUCUGCUGGUAGAGCAGUGUCCCUUUGGAUAUGCGUUCGAUGCCUCAAGUGGAGCUUGUGGUGGACGUAUGCGGGGUUCCAUGGACUGUACGCUGAAGUAGAGUACCGGAGAAAGAAAACAUUUUUAAUUAGCCCCGUUUCUUGUCCAUGAAAAUCAAUUUAGCUUACAAAUAAAUUUAGCUUAGAGCCUUAUCAAUGAA